AUGGACGAGGUGUCCCGCAUCCUGCGCUGCGGCUCGCACUAUGAGGUGCUCAAGCUGGCCGAGCCUGGCGCCGUCGCCGUCUUCGUGGCUGUGCAGCAAGUUCGUCGGCGCUACAAGGAGCUGGCGAUUCUCGUGCAUCCGGACAAGAACCGGGCUCCAGAUGCCGAGGCGGUGUUCAAGCGGCUGAGUGAAGCCUACGAGUGUCUCGCAGACGAGGACUCCCAACGAAGUUACUUGCAAAAGUUACAGCAGCCAACUGCUUCCAGAGCUGGCGUCAGGUCUCCGAAGCCAGCCAGACCAAAGUACAAGAACAAGCGGAAGCGCAAGGCCCCGGAGCCGCCAACUGCAGCACAAGCAAAGGAACCGCUGUCCACUAAGCGACGAAGCACGCCAGAAGAAGUCUGGCAGCAGUUCCAGCGUGAAGAGGAGGAGCUGGCGCGGCGAGAGUUCCAUGCAAAGGGCAACGGGAUAUCCUGGACUCCAAUUUGGACGCCAAGGCGAAGAAGUGGGCGACAUGGAACAAGCCGAAUUUGA